AGAGAGAGAGGGAGUAGCAUGGAGAUGAGAAUAACUAGGUCAAGAAAUAAAGCAAUACAGAAGAGUUUGAUUGUUGUGAACAACCAAAACAUGUCUCACAUAGCAGUGGAGAGAAACAGAAGAAGACAGAUGAAUGAACAUCUGAAGGUUUUGAGGUCCUUGACUCCAUGUUUCUACAUCAAGAGGGGAGACCAAGCAUCAAUCAUAGGGGGUGUAAUAGAAUUCAUCAAGGAGUUGCACCAAGUUCUACAAUCCUUGGAGUCUAAAAAACAAAGGAAGAGUCUAAGCCCUAGCCCUGGUCCAAGUCCAAGGUCACUGCAGCUAACUCCUCCCCAGCCGCCUGAUAGCCCCUUUGGGACUGAAAAUGUCAAGGAGCUUGGCCUCGGAGCAUGCUGCAACUCCCUGGUCGCCGAUGUGGAGGCAAAGAUUUCUGGAUCGAAUGUUAUUUUGAGGACGGUUUCGCGGCGAAUCCCAGGACAAAUUGUGAGGAUAAUCAAUGUGUUGGAGAAGUUUUCUUUUGAGAUUCUUCAUUUGAACAUUAGUAGCAUGGAAGACACUGUCCUUUAUUCCUUUGUCAUCAAGAUCGGGCUGGAGUGCCAGUUGAGUGUGGAGGAACUAGCACUUGAAGUUCAAAAAAGCUUCUGCUCUGAUGCGGUUUAUGUCAACAAGAUAUUAGAGCCAUAGAUUGUAGCAAGGCCUAGUAAUCAUAAAACCAAAAUAAUAAUAAUAAUAAUAAUAAUGAUAAUAAUAGUAAUAAAAAUAAUAAUAAUGCUAUACAAAUCGAAUUUAUAUACAAAAAUUUCAAAUGGAAUGAUGUCGACCUAUUUAAAUCCAAAGUUGAAAAGCUGAUUUAUAUUCCAAAAACACCACUGAUACAUCAUUCUGUAUGAAUUUUUUCUAUAGAAAUUCUACGUGUUUAGUAUAUUCCAAAUAUUUUAUACUUGCGCAAGAAAUGGAAGUGUUUUGUACUUCUUUAGCAUGAAACGGUUAUCAUACUUUAUGAAGAUUGAAAAGCAUAUUUCUCCA